GUUGUCUUCCUCCAGUACAUCUUGUCUGGAUCAGAUGACUUCAACCUUUACAUGUGGAGAAUCCCCAAGGAUCCUGAAGCAGGAGGCCCGGGUCGUGUGGUCAACGGAGCAUCCAUGGUCCUGAAAGGUCACCGUUCCAUCGUGAACCAAGUCCGGUUCAACCCCAGCACUUAUAUGAUCUGCUCCUCCGGGGUCGAGAAGGUCAUCAAGGCGUGGAGCCCCUACCAGCAGACGGAGAGUCUGGGAGACCUGGAUAGUCGUGUGGAGGAUAAGUCCAGGAGUCUGUACAGCCACGAGGAGUACAUCAACUUGGUCCUGAACAGCGGCAGCGGUCUGAGCCACGACUACGUCUCGCAGUCCAUCCAGGAGGAUCCUCGUAUGAUGGCCUUCUUUGACUCUCUGGUUCGCCGGGAGAUCGAGGGCUGGAGUUCGGACUCAGACAGUGACCUGAGUGAGGGGGCCAUCCUGCAGCUCCACGCCAGGGGACAACGCUCCACACGGGCUGUAGGAGACGGCGCCGGGGUCCUGGUUGGGAGUGGAGUCGCCACGCCUGUACCGCCCUCUGCUGCUGCUACCGCCGACUCAGACCACUCCUCUUCGUCCUCAUUAGCUGCCCCCGACGGGGCGGAGCAUCCUGAAGGGGUGGAGCCACUGCAGCCGAGGAGGCGUGGCAGCAGAUUUCAGCAGUCUGUGUUCUUAUUGGACCUGGUGGGAGAGGACUCUGACUCCAGUGGAUUCUGGCCAGACCCCAUGCCCCGGCCUCGCUCUCCCAGCCCCCGAGACAACUCCACCCUCUCCAGCCCCACCUCCUCCCCGGCCGGCGCCUCCUCUAGUUCCUCCUCUUCCACCUCCUCCACCAGCUCUGAGGACGAGGAGCAGAGGAGAGCCAGUAGGAGACAACGUACUGCAGCCCGGUGGCGCCGCAUGCACUUCCCCCGCCUGUCCAGUGGGGGGGCGCCCCGAGUCCGCCCAGGCCUUGUACCCCGGGGGGGGGUCGACUCCUGCUCCUACCCCAAGAUCUCAAUCGACGAGGCCUCAUCCUCCUCCGCGUCCUCCACGGAGCUUCAGCAGGACCAGGACUCGGUUCAGAUCGGACCCCACAGAAGUGGCUCUAAAACGGGGAGACGCAAGACGCACACCCUCCCUGGUUCUAGCCCUGCCGUGUCUCUGGACAGCCAGGACGACCGAGCGGAGCAGGAGGGGCUCCUCAUCGCCUCCCUUCUGUCUCAAGACGCCCUGCAGCAGAGGAACGAGUCCCGGGCAGGAAGGGUUGGGGAGAGGAGGGCUGCUUUAGAGAGAAUGGCCGAGGGCUUAGAUAGUCCUGAAGAGGCCGACGAGUCAGAUCAUAGUCACUGGAUCUCCCCUAGUUCCAGACACCACAGCCCUGGGCUGAACGGGCUGCAGCACCUUGACAUGACUGAGGUGCCGGUAGGCUGUAGGGGUCGCCUGGCUCCAGACCUAUUUGAAUCCUCAGACUCCGAGGAAGAGAGAGAGACCUUAGAGUUGAAAUCAGCAGGCACUAGGACCCUGGUGGAGGAGGAGGAGGCGGAGGAGGGGGGGUCGUCGUCGUCUCAGAGAGGCCAAGCCCAGGGUGCGCUGAAACGGACUCACCUUGGGUCAAGAGGUCAAGGGUCAGGGGAGGGGUCAGGGGGGUCGGAGACCUCAGAGAAGAAGUUCAAGACAUGAUGAUUGCACCUGAGGUGCCAGGUGAUCGUUUGGUUAAGAACCUGUUAUGUCUUAAAUGAU